AGCCGGCUUUGCUUUGCGAAAAUAAUGUAACGAGAACUGAAUAAUCAGGAGAGUGCGACGACACACAUAACGGUGCCUAUAUAAAUAGCUCACACCACUCUUCAGUCGCUAUUUACAGUUGAACUGUGUUCGAGGUUUUCGAUCUAAUUUCUGGAAUUUCUACUUGACCCAAGCAAACAAAGAAGACAUGAGGGGCGUUCCGUGGCCUCUGGGAUUGGGGCUUCUGCUCCUGGGAAUUCUGAUAGUUCCCAUCGAUGGCAUAGGAUUUCGACGCGGCAGACUGGAUAAUGGAUUCCUUGGGGAGCCAAGCAAGAUACCAACACUCCAGAGAUUCCAUUAUUCCGAGGAUCUUUGGUUCCAGCAGAAAUUGGACCACUUUAAGGCAAGUGACAAGCGCACCUGGCAGCAACGAUACUUUGUGAAUGCCGACUACUACCGAAAUGAUAGCUCAGCACCAAUAUUCCUGAUGAUUGGUGGCGAGGGAGAAGCCUCGGCUAAGUGGAUGAGGGAAGGAGCUUGGGUUCACUAUGCCGAGCAUUUUGGAGCCCUCUGCGUGCAGCUGGAGCACCGUUUCUACGGCAAGAGUCACCCAACGGAGGAUCUAUCCACCAAAAAUCUUUAUUAUCUGACUUCUGAGCAGGCUCUGGAGGACUUAGCUACCUUUGUGACCGCCAUGAAGGUUAAAUUCAACCUGGCCGAAAGUCAGAAAUGGAUCGCUUUCGGCGGUUCUUAUCCCGGAUCGCUGGCUGCCUGGGCCAGGGAGAAGUAUCCUGAGCUCAUCUAUGGAUCCAUCAGUUCCAGUGGUCCCCUAUUGGCUGAAGUUGACUUUAAAGAGUACUUUGAGGUGGUCAAAGCUUCGCUAGCUGCCUACAAACCUGAAUGUGUGGAAGCAGUGACCCGCAGCUUUGCCCAGGUGGAGAUCCUCCUAAAGCACAUGAUCGGUCAACGCAGUCUGGAUGAAAAGUUUAAGACUUGCACUCCCAUUAAGGAUUCCAUUGAAAACGACUUAGACAUGGCCAACUUCUUGGAGAAUCUAGCAGGCAACUUUGCAGGAGUGGUGCAGUACAAUAAGGAUAACAGUCCCCAUGCAACCAUAACCAUUGACGACAUUUGCGAUGUAAUGCUGAACACCACCGCGGGUCCACCAGUAACCCGCUUGGGCCUGGUAAACGACAUGCUUUUGAAGGAGUCAAACACCACCUGCCUGGACUACAAGUACGAUAAGAUGGUAGCCGAUAUGAAGAACGUUUCCUGGGAUUCAGAGACGGCCAAGGGAAUGAGACAAUGGACCUACCAAACCUGUCAUGAAUUCGGUUUCUAUCAGACCUCCAAUAAUCAGGCGGACACAUUCGGGGGUCGCUUUGGAGUCGACUUCUUCAUCCGUCAGUGCAUGGAUGUGUUCUCCAAAAACAUGGACGCCAAGUUCUUGGAUCUGGUAGUGUCCGGUACCAAUGAAAAUUAUGGUGCUUUGAAGCCAAAAACCACAAAUGUUCUGUUUAUUCAUGGUUCCAUUGAUCCAUGGCAUGCUCUGGGACUGGUGAAAUCUUCAAACCCAGCACUUCCUACAAUUUAUAUAGAAGGAACUGCUCACUGCGCCAAUAUGUAUGAGCCGGUGAAAACCGAUCCGCCCCAACUUGUGGCUGCUCGUAAUCAAAUACUCAAAUUCUUGGCCAAACUUCUGGAAGGCUACACCUCAACUCUAAUCUAAAUACCAAAUGGGGGAGAAAUUCGCCAAGUCAAAUGUAAUUUUGGAUUCGUCAGCGAUUUGUUUUUAUUUUGUUGCUUUCGCAUAAGUUGUAUAAUAAAAAUUUGUGGUUCGCUGGAAGUUAA